AUGAAUGGGCUGGCUUGUCCGCAGAAGUUCCACGGCUGUCCAGAAUACCUUGCCCAAGUCGGCUUCGCGCCCCUCGAUGACCAGAGUCGGGACGAGAGACCGGCAUUUUCAGCUUCCAUCACCAGGUCGACUUCCAUCUUCUUAGGCGAGGAGGUGCGCGAAUACGCUAAGUUCGUGCAGGCGAAGUCGUGGGAUGAGGAACGGAGAGCGAGGGACGUACCGAUCGUCUGUAUUUAUGGUCGUUAUGUGCGCUCG